AUUGGAAUGGUAGCUAGAAGGAGUGAUAAUAAAGCGCCAUGUGGCAUCAUGGCAACAGAUCUAAUGAGAAAGCCUAAGCUACCACCCAAUUGGCUCAUGCCAAUAUAAGUUCUAGAAAAUCCAAAGUUUCAUCACGUAUUCCAAAAACAAACCAAAAAAAAAAAAAAAAAAGAUUAACAGAGGUUUCUUGAUUAGCUCAAAUAAUCCUCGAAUCUUUCUCUCAGAUAAUCCUCGAAUCUUUCUUUCUCUUCGCACUGGCUCUUCUUUCUGCAAAUACUAUAAAUAAAGGAAAUCUCCGUCUCUUUUCACUUUCCCGGGAUCUGGGUCUCAUUUAUUUUCCUAGAAAAAAACAGGGCUUUGUUUUUUUCAUGCAAAUUACUCCACCACAUUAAAAACAACGGAUAUUCCCUCUCAAAGUGAAAGUGCUACAAUGAUUGAGUUUUCCUUAUGAAAUGAGCCAGAUCUUUCAAUGGGUAUACGAAUCUUGGAUGCUUUUUUUCGUGUCUAUCUCUACACACAUUCCUAGAAAGUAGCAAAGCGCUUUGAAUAUAUAAGUGAAAUGGAAAACUCUGUGUAUAAUAACCCAGAUCUUGAAAUGGGCAUGUAAUAUCUGAUAUUGGGUUAUUUUGGGUUUCUUGGAAUCAAAUAAAAGUAAGUGGGUUUCGUUUCUGUCUUUGUUUUGGGAGACAUAUAUAUAGAUGGCUCAUCCAUCAGAUAGAGGUUUUUAUAGCCGUGUUAUUUUGAGGGUUAGUUUGGUUUUGAUGAGUUUGUGUUUCGUUUUAUACACCAUAUAUCCAUCAUCAAACUGGCGCUUCAAUGCUAAUUCAGCUGUUCGAGGUUUAUGUCCACCAUGCCAUUGUGAUUGCUAUUCAGAUGAUCCUCUACCUUUGGAUUUCCUCAACAGUUCAUUUGCAGACUGUGGUAUAGAAGACUCAGAAUUGAACAAGGAAAUGGAGAAGGGUUUAGUAGGAUUAUACAUGGAAGAGCUAGAAUUGCUGAAAAUUGUGGCCAAUGAAACCUUGGAUCACACCAGGGAAUUGAUAAUGGAUGCUAGGAGAGCCUCUUCACACUACCAACACGAAGCAGAAAAGUGUAAUGCAGGAGUUGUAGCUUGUGAAGAAGCAAGGGAGAGGGUCGAAGCACAACUUCGCCAAGAGCGUAAGCUUUCGCUGUUAUGGGAGAAACGAGCUCGUGACAUGGGGUGGAUAUACAUUGCCAGAAAGAUGAACUCAUGAAUACUACAUCAUCAUCAUCACAUUUUCUUAGCCUCUCUACGUACCAGAAGUCUGCAAAUCAAAAAGGGCAUAUUUUAGUCCCUGAAGUUUUGUUGAAUUUUUCCUUCUCUUUCUUUUUUUGUUUGUUAACGCUCUUUUGACUUUGUCUUUUAACUAAUUAGUUUUCAAAUUGCAAGUUCCUUGGAAAGUUUCCAUCAUCUGGAAUCAUUUUUUAGUA